UGCAUAUUUCCACAAAGAUUCAAUUAAAGAUAACACUGAGCUUGAAAUCCAACGUAAUUUUUAUGAACUUUGUGCAAGAAAUUCAUUUUGAAUUCGCAAAUUUGUCAACACUGCGUACAAAGGUGUAAAUCCAAAUCCUCAUAAACGAAUUUCCUGCUGUUCAUCAAAGACGUGCGUUUUUUUUUUCAAAAUAUCUAAUUUUGAUGUCAAAAUGUCUCCUCGAACUCGUCUAACUUCGGUGAAAGAUAACAGAAGCUUGAGAAGUAAAAAACUUAGCAUUGUUGGAAACGUUCGCAUAUCAUUAACUCGAUGUGAUACAAACAAACCAUCUCGGUCCAGUAAACACGAACCGUCGCCGUCGAAGAAAAACAUCGUCAAAGUAGAUGGAAAAUCUUCAACAUUGAUUAACAGUCCUACACCGAAAUCUGCGAAAAAACAAGAUCGACAGCUAUCGCCAACGAAGAAAAAACCAACCAGAUCGGUAGAAAAAUCACCCGCGAAAAAGCCUGUUGCAGUUGAAAACGAUGUUCGUAAGCUCAACUCAAAAGGGAGUACGCCUAAAAAAACCGUAACUAAAGAUAAACAAUCGCCCAAGAAACCCGCUCCAUUAAGGAAUGUUAAACAGUCUCCUAUCAAAACUAUGAUUACUCAGAAGGAAACUUCCGAUUCGGAAGUACAAAUCAAAAAACCUUUAUUGAAAAAAGCUCUUACGAAAGAGAGCAGAUUAAAGCAACAAAUGAAACUCGGUAGAAUAUUCAUCAAUCCUACGUUUCCGAGUAAAACCGUAUUUAAAAGACAAACGUAUUCCGCUGAUAAAGAUGAAAAUCAAGGUCAGCUCGUAACAACAGAUACUGCGCCAGAAUUGAAUAAUAAUGUCGUUAAAGUUAAACGUGUACAACCUAAUUUAGUGCUGCGUAAAGUUGAUCACCAGACUGAAAAACCUAUUCGCGAUAAGAGGAAAAUUUUCCGCCAUCUUUGAUGGUGAAUUUCCUUUCCUUUUCGUUAAACUAUCGCACAUUUCGUGAUUUAACGAUUCCUCAUUCGUAUGUGCGUAAUGAUUAUUGCAACGAGAAUGCGAUAAAAAAGUAUCGCGAUUACGAAUAAUUGAUGAUCGUUGCAUAUAUGUAAAAAAAAAGUAAUGAACUACAUAUUAUUUGGAGUUCGUUUUGUAAUGAUUCGAAUAUGGGAAAAUCGAUGAAACACUUUUUAUUUAUUGAACUAUUUUCCGGAUUCUCUGAAUCUUUUUCGGAAAAUGUUACUAUGUACCUCGUAAAUAUCGUAUAAAUUUCCGCGCGUACGGUCUAAGAAUAAUCAUCAUUCUUUUCGGUAUAACUUUUUAUUGCUAGUAACAUCUUAUCAACAAGUUAGUUGUUAAACAGACUUCGACUUUCCCCCUUUUAAAUUGUUUUUACAACUCGAUUCUGUUACCUGUUUUUGUUUUAUUUUUAGAGAAGUUGUAUUUUUUUCUCUUCUCCGUAGGUGUAUUUCAUUUAUAUUGUAAACAUAAUUAUGUAUUAUGUAGAGAUGUACUUUUUUUUUGUUUUUUUAAAUUUUGCGUUCCUAUUAUAUGAGACAUCAUUGUAAAUUUAUCUCAGUGAAAAAUAAUUCGUCUCAGAAUUAUUAAAUAUAUCGAAAAUUUUCAUCUGGAAA